UUUAAAUUUCGUACAAAAUUCUCAGUUUUUUUAUAUCAAUUUAUAUAUAUUUACAAUGGAAUUAAAUGUGGGUAAAAGUUACACUGUAAUUAAAAUACCAAAGUUCAACACUGUGUCCAUAACAAAAUCAUGUCAUGCAACAAAAAAGAGAGAUCUGCCAAAACGUCAGCUAAAUAAGAAAAUUCAUGUUUGUGUGCAGCGUAGCAGUAAAACGGUUUGUGAAAUAAAUUUGGUGUUAUAAAAUAUUGAAAUCGCAAACUUACCCACAAUUUUAAUUUAACAAAAAAAAAAAAAGAAAAACAAUGGAAUACGAGAGUGUGCUUAUUGUAAAACCAGAAGUAUUUAUUUACAAAAUUCCACCGAGGGCAAACGUAAGGGGAUACAGAGCUGCUGAUUGGAAUUUGGGAGAACCUACUUGGACCGGUCGUAUGCGGUUGGUCGCAAAAGGUACUGCCUGCAAUCUGAAGCUAGAAGAUAAAACAACUGGUGCUUUGUUUGCCAAUUGUCCAAUCGACACAUAUCCUGGUGUUGCGAUUGAAGCCGUUUCGGACAGUUCUCGCUAUUUCGUAAUACGUGUACAAGAUGAUAAUGGUCGCUCGGCUUUCUUAGGUCUUGGCUUUGGUGACCGUUCAGAUUCAUUUGACUUAAAUGUAGCAUUACAAGAUCACUUUAAGUGGGUUAAAAAUCAAGAACAAAUUGAAAAAGAGAAGACAGAACCCAAACAAGAAUUAGAUCUCGGAUUCAAAGAAGGUGAAACGAUAAAAAUAAAUAUGAGAAUAACGAAAAAGGAUGGAUCUGAAGGUUCUUCUCGAACUUCAAAAUCAAAAACUUCAACGGGUAUCUUGCCACCACCUCCAGGUGGUAUCGGCAAAAUUGCACCUCCACCAACAAGCGGUGGCGCAGUACGGCAAAGCCCUCUUGCGUCUCCUGCUCACAGAGCUACAACUGGUACAGAAUGGACUGACUAUGCAUCAGCUGGUUCACCACAAGCGCAAGGACAACAACAGCAACAACAAAAUGCCGCUAAUGCCAACUGGGUGCAGUUCUAAUUAGUUUAGAAAUCUGGAUAAAAAACACUAAAUAUUUUUAUCAGAAUUAAAAAAAUGCUGAAAAUUGUUGCUCGAAAAAUUCAAACCGUAAAUAUGUAAAAAAUGAGUUACGAACGAUAAAUUUGAUAGGUAUAAAUAAAACAACAAAAAAAAAUUAAAAUAAAAAUAUUUC